AGCUAAAACCAGCAACCAUCUUAAGCUGGUCUAAGCAGGGUAGUCAUUGGUCAAUGCACUGCCUGGGCUGAAAUAAGGAGAAUAAGAAGGGGGCUAUAUUUCCAUCAAUUCUUGAAGAGACAGCUGGACAUAAAGACAGACAUGAUGGAGAAAAAAACGAUUGUGUUUUCUGUGCUACUGCUGCUGCUGGGGUGCACAUGGACCAUCCAGGCAGACGUUGAUGAGGUGGAGAAACCUGUGAAUCGGACUAUGGAUCCUGCACACGUGGAAGACUUCAAUCCCUUUUCAAGUAUGCCCAAUAUAACCUUGUUCAAUGCAAUAGAGGACUGUAAAAAAGCACCAGAACACGGGCCUUGUCAGUCAUUGAUAAUCAUUGAAAGGUACUUCUACAACCCCUCCUCAAUGACCUGUGAGAUCUUCACCUAUGGCGGGUGUGGGGGCAACCUGAACAACUUUGAAGAUAAGGCCAAGUGUAUGGAGAGCUGUCACACUGCAGAAGAUUAGGAUGACACAAAAAAUGGGUCUGAUUAAUUGUCCCAUGUUGCUUUGAAAACACACAUCACUGUGUGAAUGUUAUCUGUCUCAGUUUUUGUACUGUCUGUAUCACGAUAUUAAAGUUGAACAUUUUACUUG